AUGGGAUUUGGUAAAGACAACAUCACUGGUAUAUAUAAGAUAGUGAGGAUGUGUUUUAACGAUCAUUGGAAGAUUCAACGUUGCGAGAUUCUUGACGUUAACAUUGGGAGAUGGCGGAGACUGAGGCCACCUCCUUACGAGGUAAAGUUUAGAAGGAAGUCUACAUGUGUGAAUGGAUCCAUCUACUGGAUAGAAGUAACUCCUCGAUACAAACUUUUAGCUUUGAAUCUUCACAAAGAGAAAUGGCGUGACGUUACACUACCGUCGGGAGCACUAGGAACUUCAUGCCAGGUAGCAAAUCUUGAAAACCGUCUAGCAUUAGCUGCAACCUAUAUUGAGAACCAUCAUUGGUACGUGAAGAUAUGGUGCAUGCAUGCACCAGAAGAAGAAACAUGGAGUUUGAUUUACUCCAUAAGUUUAUUCCCUCUCCAGCACCGUCUCGACAACAGUAUCCCUUUAUAG